AAACAACAGCCCCUUCAAAAUGCCUACGUACCUGUCACAGUACAGGGUAUUAGAAGAAGAAUGGGCAAGACAGGAGCGGAGAAGGCAGCGCACUCUCAAAGUGCACGAGAAGGGUGUUAAAGGCAUAGCGACGGGGCGCUCGAUUAUAUCAUGCUAUAUGGAGGAGAUUGAGAAGGAGGAGCAGAGAGAAGCAGAGGAGAGGAUGUUUGAAGAUGAUGCAAGUUACGCUUCUUCUGAUACCUACAAGAAACCUAAAUGGGGCUAUUACCACAAGGGGACUCGCCAAGACUUCCUGGAGAAACAGAGAGAGAUGUGUCAGCUCAAGUACUGUAACGCAGAGAGAGAAAAGAUAAUCCAGGAUAUCAAAGAUCAGAUAAACAGGGAAGAAGCGGAGCUGGCAAAGCAAGAGGAGAGCGUUACUGACGAAGCCUUUCUGAAAUAUGUCAAGGAGGAAACAGAGAAAACGGCACUGGCUUUAAAAAUGCUUGAAGAAAGUGAGAAAAAAGCACUGGAACUAGAAGAAGAGAUCAAAUGGAAAGAGCUGGAAAGUGAGAAAGUAAUGAAGAACAUUGCCAAGAACAAGGAAAUGUUGGAUCUUGAAAAGCAGUGUGAGGAGUUUCUCUGGAAGCUUUCGCCCCCUGAGUGGCAGCGACAGCAGGAAGUCAUGAGGAAGAUCAAGGCUGAGAAGAUCAACGCUUCUGCCUUGGAGAAGAAACCAGCUGACCAACAUAGCCUGCUUAAAUCCCCAUCCCAGAUCUCCGUGGAAAGCUACAAGAAGACUCAAAAAGAGGACGAGGAGAUUGCGAAGAACCUGGAGUUCGAUGAGAAGCCUCAGAUAUAUUUCACCGACCCGCAGCAGCUGAUAAACAUCAUGGAUGAGAUGGAGCACAAGACCCAACGUCUCUUUGAGGAGCUGGACAGCACUGAGCGUUCCAUGGAGUUCUGCAAGGAAUAUGAUAAGAACGGGCUCACAAAAAUGAAGAAGGUAAAUGCUGAGCUUAAUUUGGAGAUCGAGUUCCUGACAAAAACCCUCGACGAGCAGGUAAAGUAUGCAGAAGAGCUACAGAACAACGUCGAGAUUUUCCGAAGUAGUGAGAGCAGCUUUCAGAGAAAGGAUGAAGACCUGAAGCAGCUGAACGAGAAGAUCGAGCAGGUGUUCAGAGUCUGUGUAGGAUUUGCUCCAGACACUCAGGGCUCACGACAGAUGCUCAAAGCCAUCGGGUUAAACCUGUAUGAGCUUUUAGAGAGGUUCGAGAGCCUUCCAGAGGAGCAGCUGAUACAGAUAAAGAGGAAGUACAAACAGGAUAAGAUCACCAGCGCAAGAAAAGAGGAAAAGCUGCAGAAGUUGAGGGUUCUGCAGGAAAAGAGGGAACAGCGAGCUGCAAUGAGACAACAGCGGGCUAUGGCUGAAGUUCAGAAACCCACAGGAAAGAAAGAAAUGUUACGGUCCUAUUUAGUGAAGACGGUUCACACGAAGGAAGACAAGAAAAAAGAUCUCGCCAGGGAACAGGAAGAAUUAGAGAAAGACCUUCUGGAGUAA